AUGUACGAGGAGGCGGGAAACAAGGCUCAUACCCAAGAUUCAGCACAAGAGACGGCUGAGAAAAUCAAAGAGCUGGAGAAGGCUCUGCAAGAGAGCAUGAACACCUCUACUCAUAGAGAGGCUUUGUGGGUUCAGGAGGAGCAGGCACAUGCUCUAGCACAGACACAGCUCGAAGAUCUGAUGGCCGCUUUGGAGAAGACAAGACAGGAACUAGAUGUGACUAAGCAGCAGCUAUCCUCCACACAAAAUUAUCUUGCUGAGAGAGAAAGUCACCUGAGCAGCAUGAGGCAUGAGCGUCGAAAAGAACUGGAGGAAAUUCUAGAAAUGAAGCAACAAGCCCUGUUGGCAGCCAUCAGUGAAAAGGAUGCUAACAUAGCCCUACUAGAACUUUCUGCUCCCAAAAAGAAGACAAGCCAUGAGGAGGUGAUGGCCUUGAAAAGAGAAAAGGACAGCCUCAUGUACCAGCUCAAGCAGCAGACCCAAAGUAGGAUGAAGCUCAUUGCUGAGAAUUAUGAAGAUGGUCACUAUUAUCCCCAUCAUCCUCAUCAUCCACAACAUAGUCACCCCGGACACACUCACUAUCGUAGACCAUCAAGAGGACUGUCCAUUCACAGCAAUCCUCAACCUGAGAAACCUGAGCAACCUGAGCAGGUGAGACACACACACUGUCAAAUCUUGUUCAUUUGUAGAUAUUUUGUAGAUAUUUUGUAUAUAUCAGCUGAAUUUUACACUAAAAUUAUAAUGAGUAUAAAAGAAAACUGAGAAUUAAAAUAAAAAGUAUAUAAUUACAUUUAUAUAUACUCAUCAUUGAUGUCACUGUUAUAAGUCUCCUCUGCCUUGCAUGGCCUUAGGCUUGUGCUUGGUAGAUUGAUGUGCAGUUGGUAUACUGGGAAUAGAUCUCUGGGUGUUUUAUUAGUCUGUGCGUUGAGUUUGAGCAUUAACCAGACUUGACUAGACCUGAAUUCUCCUAUUCUGGCAGUGAAUAGGGACUCAGUUCCAGUAACUGUUUACAAUUGCUGUUGCUCUGCCAUUACUUUGCAGUUUUGAUGAAAGUGUGCCGUAGAUUAGAUCGGCUCUGAAUUCUUUCACAAGCAGCAGAAUUUGACCAUAAAUGACCAAAGGAAAGAGAGGGGAAGUUUCCUGAUUAUUCAAUUGCAAACAGUUUCUGCAAAUUCUUGCCAUGUGGGUGUUAUUGAUAUCAGAAUGCUGGGUUUUAAGAAAUAAUGCUUACAUGAAAUGUAGUCUAAAUGUCACACACACAAACACACACACUCUCUCUCUCUCUCUCUCUCUCUCUCUCUCUCUCUCUCUUGCAAAUAUAGGUCUGCUCUUACAAACAGGAAGCUAAAAAAAAUUCAUGGGAGUUUGGUAUGUUUCCCUUAAAGUCUUUUAUGUAUUUAUGUGAUAU